AAAAAUUAAUAAUAAUUUUUAGUUUACUUUAAGUAUUUGUUUCAAUAAUUUAAUUAUUAUUAUUUUAGUAUUACUAAAAAAAUAAGUCUAAAAAAAUCAAACAACAAUUAUGUUUAGAUUAAACAUAAUAUUUCUAAUUGUUUUUACAUUGUUUGUAAUUACAAACAAUAUCAAUGGUUUAGAUGUUCAGAAAAAUGAUGCCAUUGUCAGCAACAACAACAACAACAACAACAACAACAACAACAACGAUGACGAGGAUAGCGUUGAUUUGAAUAGAAAAUACAAACUACUGGUCAAAGUUUUUUCGCAAAUACUUAAAAAACAAAAUGGCGGACAACGUUUAGAUAGAAAACUAAAAUCUAGUGGUACUACUACUACUACUACUAGUAAUAAUAAUAAUAAUGUAGCAUACGUUACUGGUAACAACAAUAAUGAUAAUAAUAAUAAUAAAGUGAUAACUAUGACAAAAGGAGAACUAAAUAGAUUAUUAGGAAUACAUGAUAAUAAUCAAAAUGGCGGUAAAACUGGUAAUGGUGGUAGUGGUGGUAAAAAUAAUGAUGAUUCAAAAUUUACUAUUACCGUGGCCGAUUUAGAAAGAUUACUACAGUCACAAUCUAAUAGAAAACAAAAUGGCAGUAUCUAUUAUAUAGAAGAAGAUGAUAAAGUGUAUAGAACCACACAAAUAAUAGAAACACCUGUAGAUAAAGUACCUGUAGUUGGAGGUGCCAUUUAUCUUACUAAUGGUGGUGCUGCUAUAGGUAGUGUUGGUGGUGGUGCUGGUGGUUGGGGUGCUUAUCCAGUCAGUAAUGCUAAUGUUCAUAUUAAUGGUGGUGCUAAUAUAGGUAGUGGUGGUGGUGGUGCUACUAUUAGGGCUGGUGAUGGUGGUGGUUGGAAUCCUAGUAAUACAGUUGUUGGUGGCUUGGGUGCUUAUCCAGUCAAUAAUGGUGGUCCUAAUAUAGGUAGUGGCGGUGGUGGUGGUUGGGGUGCUUAUCUAGUCAAUAAUGGUGGUGCUAGUAUAGUUAGUGGUGGUGGUGGUGGUGCUGCUGCUGUUAGGGCUGGUGAUGAUGGAAAAGUAGAUGGUGGUGCUGUUGAUAAUAAUCGUGGUGAAGGUAUUGGUGAUAAAAAGUUUAAUCAACUAGUAGAUUAUGUUGAACGAAAUAAUAAGGCCAAUAAUAAUAAUAAUAAUAAUCAAGGAAACGUUUAUAGUUCUAGUUAUAUAAUAAAUAGCGGCUCUGGUAGUAGCAGUAAAAGUAAUAGUAAUUUGAUAACUAUUACAAAAGGACAACUAAAAAAAUUACUAGGUGGCCAAGAUAAUCAAAAUGGCGGUCAAAGUAGUGGUGGUCAAGAUAAUGAUGAUGAUAAAAAAGAAAUAACUAUUACCAAGGAUCAAUUACAUAGAUUAAUACAGUCGCAAGUUUCUAGUAAACAAAAUGGUGGUAGCGAUAAUAAAGUGGUAAAUCUAUUACCAUUACCUUUAGAUGAAACCAUUACCGGUGUUGUUGGUGUUGGUGGUGUUGGUGGUGUUGGUGGUCUUACUGGUGUUGGUGGUGGUUAUGGUGUUCAUGGUCUAAAUGAUAAUGGUAAUGUUGGUGCUAAUGGUGCUCAAUUAGGUGAUGGUAAUCGUGGUGGUAGUAGUGAUAAGGUUCAUAUUAUUAAUGUUAGCGGUGAAGGUAAUGGUCGUGUAAAAGUACACCAACUAGGAAAUAUAGCUAAACAAAUUGAUAGUCAAAAUGGCGGUCAAAAAGAUAAUGGUAAUGUUCGUGCUAAUGAUGGUGAUAUAGGUGCUACUGCUGCUGCUAAUGAUGAUGAUGAUGGUAAAAAUAGUGGUGGUAGUGGUAGUGGUGAUGAUAGUUAUGAAAUUAUUAAUGCUACCGGUGGACGUAAUGGUAUUCUAAAUAUGGACCAACUACAAAAUCUAUAUGGUCAAAUUCAAAAGCAAAAUGGCGGACAAAAUGGCAGACAAAAUGGCGGACAAAAUGGUGGACAAUCAUAUACAGUUGGCGAUAAUUUAGUAUAUGUUAAAAAACUUCAAUAAUAAUCAAUAAUAAUCUAUUGAUAUAUAAAUAUAUAUAAA